AUGGGACUAAAGCAGAAGGUGCCACCUAAGAAGGCCGCUACAAAGAAGGCUAAUGCAAAGAAGAGUUUCGCCGAGGCAGCGGCAGAUGCAGCGAAGGCCGCCGUUGAAACUGUCACUGUUCGCACUGAAGCGAAGGCCCCACGCCGUCGUGUGAGUUUUGAGGGAGUUGAUCCGACAAAAAAGUCAUCCGCUGGAAAGUCUAGCACGUCAUCAUCCGCAGCCGCAGCCGCAGCCGCCAAGCGCGCCGCAGUGGGUGGUAUUAUUGAGGCUAAAAAACGUCGCCGGGAUGCGGAAGAAGAAGAUGAAGAGGCCGCAGCCGCAGCCGCAGAAAAGGAUGUAGAGAACGCCGACAAUCUUCAUGAUAACCACAGCGAGGAGGAGGAUGACAGCAGCCGUGAUGAUAAUGAGAGCCAGAACAGCGAGGAUGACUUGAGUAAUGUGGCCGACGCUGAAAGUGAGGCGAGUGAUGAGGCGGCGUGGGAGGAGGAGACAAACCCGUUUGAGAAGUCCCAACGUGAUGGCACGCGUCUCUCCUACUCCGCCCUCCGUCUGCGUUUUCUCCCGCCGGAGUUCCAAGAGCCGCAGUUGUACAAAUUCCUCGAACAGUUCGGUGCCCGCGUGCUGAAUUGCUUCUGUGUGCGCAGUCGCCGCACCCACCAGUCGAAGGGCAUUGCGUAUGUGCAGUUCGACACCGACGCGGUGUUGCCAAUUGUCGUUGAGGAGUGCCACGGUAUGUCUCUCGCCGGCCGCGCCGUGCAGGCCCACCGCGUUACUUUACACCGCGCGAUGCCCACAAAAGAGAAGACCACACGACGACGACGACUCGCGUAUGUGUACAGCACUCGUGGAAGACCACUGCAGCGACAUGAUGUGCGCCGUAAGAAUCCAGUGGCGGCGUUGGUGAAGUAUACAAAGAAGGAGGCGGCGAAUAAUGCGCAUCUGCAGCGACUUGGUAUUGACUACGAGUCCCACAGCUUCGCAGAGCAGUUGGCAAGUGUACCAAAGAAUCUCAUCAUAAAGAAGAAGAAGAAUAAAAAGCAACAGGAUAAGAAGAAGAAUAACAAGAAGAGCAAAAAAAGUGAUAAGAAGAGUGAUAAGAAGCAUGUUGGUCGUGGUGGAAGCAGUAAUGGUAACGGAAACGGUGUUGACAAGAAGAAGAAUAAUAAUAAUAAUAACGUGGAGUCCACAGUCGUGUCUUCUUCACUGCCAACAGCAGGAGAGACAAAACGGCAAAAGGUGGAAAAUAAGUCCAAUGGCACCACUGAGAAAAAGAAGGUUCCUGUUAAGACUCCCACUACUACUACUGCUACUGCUGCUGCUACCACCACCACUGCUUCACGUGUGGUAAGUAAAAAAAAAAAAAAAUAA